GAUGCAACACGCAAAACUAAACCGGCGUCGCGACGCACAGCCGGACUGAUCGUGACGCUUCGUAGAUGUGUAUAUCGGUGGCAAUCGCGGUGUUACAUCGCACGCGUGUUUCGUACGCGAGCGUAAGAGCGCGUAUGCGUUAUCCUCGAGAUUAUACGGGCAGUGAUAGUUUUCCAUUGCGGACGAUUGACGGGAUCUUUCUCCAGCGGCCAUCCGAUUGCCGUACGGGCGUCGACAUGUUGCCGUGUUCCGGCCGAGUUUUCGAGCCACACAUCAUGUCCGUGCAUCCGUUUCUCAUUGCCCGAGAAGUUGUGAAUCCAAAGAAAUUGCACGUCUCGUCGCUCGUUGUUAACGAUGCGAUAUUUAUGCGAUCUUUGUUCGUUUACGCCGACUUACGUUAUGUUGCCGUCUACGACGUAGUUGGAUGCCGUUCUUGCACCCUCGUAAAAACGGCCGAGGGUGCGUGACGAAUUCGAAUGCUCGUCGAAAGACACAAUCUUUUAUAGUUGCCGCGAAGGACGGAAAGGAAAGGACGGCGAGACGAAAUGGCGGGCGAUGAAACAGCUGUUUUGACGCGUGUCGCGUCAUCUGGCGGGGCGCGCGCGCAGCAUGGCACGCUAGAUGACGGCGGUGGCGGUGGCCGCGACGGGCGGCGAGACGAGACGAGGACAAGACGAGAGUGAGACGCGUACGCGGGUCGUAGACCGUUCGGGUCCGCAGUUCGCGUCCGCAAUUCGAGUCCGUAAUUCGAGUCCGUGUAGUAAUCGACAACAACGACGGCUAAUUGUAAGAGAGAAAUAUGGCUGCCGGCUGUUGCGGUACGAAAAAGCAAAAGCUGAACAACAACUCCGCGGGUGCACCGUGCAAUGGCACAACGGUACUGUCGAACGGUACGCGUAUACGUAAUACGCCGAUCGUACAACCCGAGAUGGGCUUCUACUGCUUCGAUGUCCUUUACUGCCAACUGCACCAACUUGACCCACCAAAACCGCCCAACUUCAGCAACGAAGCAUUUCCUUUGUUUGUAACAUGGACUAUUGGCAAAGAUAUGCGACUACGUGGCUGUAUUGGUACAUUUAAUGCCAUGCACUUACAUGCAGGACUUAAAGAAUAUGCUACUACUAGUGCUUUUAAAGAUUCGCGAUUUAAUCCUAUAACUCGAGAGGAACUUCCACGCUUACAUGUAAGCGUUUCUAUCCUGCGGCAUUUUGAAGAUGGUGCAGAUUACUUAGAUUGGGAGAUAGGAGUCCAUGGGAUUCGCAUAGAGUUCCAUAAUGAAAAGGGCAAUAAGAGAACUGCUACUUACUUACCUGAUGUUGCAACUGAACAAGGUUGGGACCAGAUUCAAACAAUAGAUUCGUUAUUACAUAAAGGUGGUUACAAAGGCUUAGUUACACCAGAUAUUAGACGCAGUGUGAAAUUGACUCGAUACCAGAGUGAGAAGAUUACUGUAAGCUAUCAAGAUUACAUGACACAUUGGCAUAACCGAAGAUGCUAGCAGAUGGCUUGGGGUCCUAUUCAAGGGCCCCUACCUUGCCAAACUGCUGGCACGUUUUGUUACAAAAAUACUGUUGACACAGUUAAUGCAUCAUACCCACAAUACAGUACUACUCAAUACAACUCCUUCAUGACCAAUCAACAACAUACAUUAGUUAUGGUUCAGCCGAAUCAUCCCACAUUCAUACACACACUUCCGAUGCCACCGAUUCCUUCAGUUGUGGUACCUAUGCAGAAUUAUCCACCAUUUUAAUGGAAUUGUGUAUUGCAUCCUUCAGUGCACUAUAUUGUUAUUCUUUCAUAAACUUUUGUAACGCAAAAAAAAAAAAAGAAUAAAUCAAAUGAAAUGCAUAAAAUAAUAACACUGAAGGCGGCUAUUAUGUACAAUUUUCUAUUGCUUGAAUUAGUGCUUAUUUUAUUUUUAUUGUUCAAUAGCAUUAAUUCUAUUCUAUCUUUCACGAUUUUUCUGGCCCUUCUUGUACGAUAAUAUUCCUUAGGUAACAAAAAUGUACAAUUUUGAGUAUGGUGGCAAUGUUCUUCCAAAAUAAUAUUUUCUAUAAGCAUAAAUAAUAUUGGCUAGGUAUUCAUAUAAGAUAGAUUCUUGUUCUCGUAUUGUACAAUUUUAUGAUUGUUAAAUUGGAAAUAAUAAAAAUAAUCUAUUUGCAUAUACAAUAAUGCAAGUUCAGUUUACUGUUCAAUGCUUAUCAUUUGAUACUGUAAUACUAAUCAAUAUAAUACUAUGUAAAUAGUAAUUAGCUUUGCCAUCAUGCUAGAACAUUUGACAGUCAUUAAUAUAUGAGAAACAAGUGACACAAAGAAUUUCAUAAUCUAUAUACAAUACUAUUUAUGUAAUUAAAACUGACUAUAUUAAUACAUCCACAAUUGAUAAAUUCAUGCACAAAUUCAUCAUUUGAUCACUUGUUUACAAUGCUCGUGUCAUUAAAAGCAGAUUUAAAGUGUCAGACUAGAUAGUUACGAACAAUACAAUAUUUCGAUUUUCUUAAAAAUUGCCAAGUGUAUAUAUAUAUAUAGUAAUUUCAUCAGACUUUCUUUAAAAGUUCUCUAAUUUCUGUAAAACAAUACAAAUGUAUCACGUCAUUUAAAAUUUAAAAGAAAUUAUUUACUUUCUUCAAGAUGUAAUUGUUAAUUAUACAUAACAUUUGAUACAAUAACACUUAACGUCUAUACAUAAUUUCUUUGCAUCAAUGGUAUAAAUAGAUUUUUUAUUGAAUUAUUAUAUGUUGUCUUAUACUAAUUUAUUUUUAUCUAUAUUUGUGUGGACUUUGUUUUUUUUUUUUUUUUGAUUUAAUAAUCAGUUUGUGUUAUUUUUGAAAUAUAAAAGUGAUAUUAAAUGUUGUAUAAACUUUUAAUGUUGUAUAUUUAUACCAUUCUUACAAUGAAGUUUAAAGGCGUUUAAAUUAGUAUGUUAGUUUAGAGUAGGCCAAAGUUUCAUUACAGCAAAGGUUUUUUUUAUAUUAAUAACGCUAAUUAAAUUAUGAAUAACAACUUUUAACUAUAAUAAAUUAACUAGAUUUAAUAUUUCAAUACAUAUUUUUAAUGAAAUUUAAUUUGAAAAAAAAGUUAUAUACUGUUUAUGUUUUAUAACUGUUUCUGUAUCAUUAAAUGAAUAUAUUUGAUGAUUUAUAGCAUCAAACCUCUAAUGUGAAGAAACAAUGGCCUACAUUAUACUGAUAAACAAAAAAAUAUUAAAUAUAAAUAUAAAAUAUAGAUUUAAGACAUACAUUAAUGAAAAUGACGAUCUCUUUGUGAUGUUGAUUGCUAUAUAAAUCAUGGUGACGAUUCAUGUUCAUUAUGAUAACAUCAGGUAAAAUCUUUUUCCAAUGCUUCAAAAUAAUAAAAUAAUACUAAAACGAACAAAAGACAAUUAUAUAUAAUUAUAGAUGUAUAAUUGGUUUAAAGAUAGAUAAUGUGUAUUUGAAGAAAAAAUAGCAUGGAAAAAGAUGUACUGGAUUUCAUAUAUCUGUGUACCAUAAAUGCAUGGUACAUUUAAUAGCAUUAUCACAUAUAAAUAGGAGUUCAGGAAUAUUUUAUAUUAAACUAUCAUGCUUCGUAGAUUCCACAGCUAUGCGAUAGCUGGUUUCAUUCACUGCCAACAUAAUCAUUGUUGUAGAUAUUAUACAAAUCCUAUUCUCAAAAGAAUAAACAAAUCAGGUUGUUGUA